ACUGCGAUGCUAGUUGAAUUGAAUGUAAAAUAUGCAAAAAAAUACCCGAAAAUAGUAUCCUAGUGGCAUUUAAAUAGCGCGUUUUGCUAUUACGCCGCUCAAGAUACACUAUCAUGCUUUAUUGGAUGAGCAAAGUUUCUAUUUGGUUUAAACUCGUACUUCAUUAUAGAUAGCAUGCCAGUAGUUGAGCUAGGUUAGCCAAUGUUAGCUAUUGAAUGAGCUAUUCUUCCUCUAAUACUUAAAAUUUAAGGCAGUUUCUUCUCUUCUGAAACAAUGUUGGGGUUUUUGACAGCGAGACAAGCAGGUCUGGAUGACCCUCUGCGACUAAGACGUGCAGAGGCAACGAGAAGGGUCCUUUGUCUGAAGUUGAAUCCCGACAGAGAUGUGGACAGAAUCCAUGGAAAUGGCAUCAACACCAUUGACAUUGAAGCAGUAGAGGGCAGAUACAUGUUGUCUGGAGGUGCAGAUGGCGUGAUCGUCAUCUAUGACCUGGAGAACUUCAGUGGAAAACUGCAGUACACCUGUAAGGCAGUUUGCACAGUGGGCAGGUCUAGCCGAUAUGUCCACAAAUUCAGUGUAGAGACAGUCCAGUGGUAUCCUUACGACACAGGCAUGUUUGUCUCCAGUUCCUUUGACAAGACCAUGAAGGUCUGGGACACUGAGACACUGAAGCCCGCUGAAGUUUUUGACUUUGAGGGCAAUGUCUACAACCACCACCUGUCUCCCAUCGCCAGGAAGCAUGGUCUCAUUGCAGUUGGCACCAAAAACCCUAAAGUCCAGCUAUGUGACCUGAAGUCUGGUUCACGGAUUCAAGUGCUUCAGGGUCACAGAGCAGAGGUCUUGUCUGUGCGAUGGUCACCCAGAUAUGAGUACAUCUUGGCCACUGCCAGUGCAGACAGCAAGGUGAAAGUGUGGGAUGUACGUCGGGCGUCUGGUAGUCUCUUCACUUUGGACCAGCACAAUGGAGACAAAUCGAAAGCCUCCUCUGAAGCAGUAAAUACAGCCCAUAAUGGCCGAGUGAAUGGCCUGUGCUUCACUGGUGAUGGCCUCUACCUCCUCACUACUGGUACUGAUGACCGUAUGCGACUAUGGAAUAGUGCCACGGGGGAAAACACACUGGUGAAUUAUGGGAAGGUCUGCAACGAGAGUCGUAAAAGACUGCAGUUCACAGUGUCACGUGGCUGCAGCCCAGAGUUUGUGUUUGUGCCAUGCGGCAGCUCAGUAGCUGUGUAUGCCCUCCACACUGGAGAGCUGGUCACUAUGCUCAGGGGUCACUACAACAAUGUGGACUGCUGCGAGUUUCACCCAGACUACCAGGAGCUAUAUAGUGGAGGUAAAGACUGUAACAUCCUGGCAUGGGUUCCUGUUCUUCGUGCUGCAGAUGUUGAAGAAGAGUCAAAUCGUGAAAAUAAGGGUGCUACUGGUCAGUCUACAGUGAACCCUGCUUUCCAGGACGCAUGGAGCAGCGAUGAAGACUAAUGCUGGUGAUUUGCAUGUGUGGAUAAAGUGGACAUGCAGAUGUCUUGACCAAAUGCAAAUGAGAACACAUCCUUCAAAAUUUAACCGACAAGUUCAGGAACUCCAUUCAAGAUAAUUCUGGGUUUAGGGAAAUUUCCCCUGGGUUAUCAUUUCAGACAAAGACUGAGGCCUUAAAGUUCAACUGAGAUGUGUAAAUAAUUGUGUCUUCCUUUAAAAACAUGCACAGUGUCAUAUGUUUGUACAUUUUAUCUUGUGUUUUGUUGUUUUUUGCAGUUGUUUUAGAAAAGAAUAUCUGUAUGACUCUUGGUAUGCAGAUGAAGUUUAAUGUCACUCAUUUCUGUUAACCUGUUAAAAAACAGUUCUGUAUGUACAGUAAUUCACUUUAAUCAUGUGUGACAUCUGCCAUUAUUUGUACAAAUUAUACCUUGUUGACUGUU